AUGUUUGAAGUUAAUUCCUCUGGUAGUUUCACUAAUAGAAAUAAAUCCAGUGUGACACCUGAAUUGACUCCAUAUAUCCGGAUUCUUCGCAACAUUGCAAUAUAUGGGUCUAAAGGCCCCCAUUGGGAUGGUUACGUUAAAUGCCAGACAUCGGGAUGCUCGUUGCUCUUGGUAUCUCGGUUGUUGUGCCUAUUAAUACACCAGUGUUACGAAAGACCUUCGCUACCGUUACUGCAUAUCUCAACCACAUUAGUCAAGUUUAUAAGAAAGUGUAACUCAGUCACUAAUGAAUCCAAGCAUACGUAUAUCGGAAAUCUUGGUUGGGUUUGUUUCAUGCUCCGCUGGAUGAUCAGUAAUGUAUACGCGAAUGUAUCUGAUUGGAGAGAAAUAGCUGCAGUUAUUCAUCAAACAGUCCCAAGUUUUUUGAGCUUGUUAUUUGAUCAACAAAUGAAUCAUCUGUUUACUGCUAGUCUGGAUGUACUGAAUAAAUCAAAAGGAACAGGUGUCUCUCAGUGUUACCCGACCCAUGAUAACUGCUUAGAAUUCCUUACAGAACCAUGGGCAAAUGAAUCAUCAUGGGAGAUGGUUUCCCUAACUUCAUCUUUCAUUGCAAAUAUAAAUUCUAUACAAUCUAAGAAACUAAGUGUACAGUACCAUCCAGAAGCAGUUCAAAUGACAUACACUUAUCGAUUUUUUCUUCCUGAUCAUCUUCCUAAACUUGGUGUGGAUUCUAAUUCAUUAUCCUUUGUUCAUGAAAACGGUGGUUUGAAUACUCAACAAGAAUUAUUCUACGUUUGGCGUUGGGCAUUCAGCUUUCACCAUUACAGACACCUACUCAGAAAACCAACAACAGUUGAUCAAAGUUGUCAAGGUUCUACCGUUUUGCUAAAGUAUUUGCUGCAGGAAUUGAAUUCACUUACUUCCCGACUAAGUUUUCAGAACGAAGACACUUGUUGGAAAACAAUUACCAGCUGUAAGGACUUUUUCAGUCUACUGGCAGCCGUUCUGAUGGUGGAAUGUUACAAAAACUCCACAGACUAUAAUAAUGAGUAUAAAGACUUCAGUGACUUCCUCCGUAAACAAGUGAUAUGCGACACUGAAGAACAUCAGAAUGAACGAAAAAAAGCGCGUAUUGAAAUUAAUUCUUCAGAUUUUGAACCAUUCAUGCCAAGUGUUGUACUCUGGGAUACGUUAGUGGAUCUAGCCAGUAAUGAUACGAAAUUUGGCUGCUUAUGGUGGCUGAUUAUUGAUUGGAUUAUUCGACUGAUGUGGCAAACUGCGGUAGUCCUACGUUCAGAAGGUGGAAAGUAUGAUUUACUCACUGAUAUUGAGGCGCUUUUAGAGAAAAUCUCCACUUCGGUCAAAGUUAAACGAAUGCCAUUGGCGAACGAGUGUUUAGUAACAAUGUUACAUACCUUAGUAGUUGUGUUGAAUUAUGAAAUACACCAAGGCUUCAGUUCACAAGCACCGUCAAGUGGCUCAAUCUCAGCUUUUAAUGGGUUAUGGGAAUUCGCUAUCAGUUUAUUUGAACAGUGCUCUACACAAAGAAAUCGUAUGCAAAGCUCUAGACGUGAAGGUUUACUAUCAGGUCAUCGAUUCUUAAAUCGUGACCGAUUAGUAUGCAAUCUUCUAUCAAACUUGAUGUAUUUUCAAAAUUCAGUUAAAAACAAGUAUUUUAAAUGUACUAAUUUGCCUAAUAUCUGCCUACGCAUAUUUUCAUCACUCGUAAAUUGUUUGGAUUUAGAUGCAUCUCACUUAAACAACUCACCUUGGCGCGUUCGUUUGAUUGUUUUAUGUGGUGCUAAUUCCAAGCUACCGAAACAUAUAAUUCCAUGUGAUGCUUUCAACCAACCAACUAUUCCUGAUGUUUUAUUGUUCUAUCCAGCUAUCAUAUUCCUGCUUAAUAAUUAUGCUAAAAUUUGGAAUACUGAUGAUAAUAUGAUAACAGAUGAAAUGACGAGAAGUGAAAUACCUGAAAUGAAUAAUUUAUUGGGCGGUAUUCUUUGGGGAUAUAAAAGUUUAUUAAAUCAGUACACAUCUAGUAUUCAUUCUUUCAACCCUUGGUCUUAUACAGAGUGUGAUUGGAAACAACCCCUCUAUGGAAAAGCAGAUCAUAUUAAAGCAAUUGACUACAUUAGAAAAUUUAUAUCACUUCACAGUUGUUUCAAUGCAAAUUUACCUGUUACCAAUGACAAUCUGCCUAGCUUCGUUUCCCUUUUGACUAUAGAAUUAUCACUGAUACAGUUCAAAUGCAGGCUGCUGAAAAGUGCAUGCAAAUAUUCAAAUGAGUUGUCACCUGUCUAUUCUGUGAUAAUAAGACAAGUUUUAAAACGGAUAUUUGAUCAUUUGAUAUCUACUCUGCAAAAACAGUCAAUUGCUGAAGAAUUCAAUGACUUUUCUGUUCAAUUAUCUACGGGUGAUUUUCAUAAAAAUUGUAUAAAAACUGACAAUUUUGUAAAAUCUUUAGAGAUAUUAUUAGAAGUAUUAGCCUUUGGAGAAGAUGGUCUGUCUUUCAUAGUACCAACUCAUAUUGACGAGCUUAUCGAAUUUUCCACUUCACUCUCGAUAAAAUACACAGGUGAACGGAAUUUUACCGAAAGUACAUUGAGACUUAUGACCUCAUCUGGUCAGCUAGAGCAAACCGCUUUUGGGGAUGAAGAUUUUUGUGAUAGUGACCAGACUGCAGUUAUUGAGACUUCGUCAGAGUCUCAAGAUAACUUUCAAGAAAUCCUUAUGCGAAAGAAGUUUUAUUUUUCAGUAAAAGUUCGUAUCUUUAGUGCUUUAUUUUUAUUUGGUCUUCGAACAGAAAAUAUCUCUCUACUAGAACGUAUGCAUGAGUCAUUGCAGAAAUCACUCGAAAAAAGUGUUUUGGAACUUAAAGAAUUCACUAAAUGGUUAUGCAAACUGAGUGAACAUAUAUCACAAUGUUUGUGCAAAUCAUUUUCCCGUAAAACGUAUGGUUGCAAACUGAGUAGUGGUCUUUCAGAAGUGAUUUCCUACUUUAUCACUUCUAUGGUCAGUCCUAUUUGUGAAGUGCUAAAAUCGCUUUUAGCUCUCCCAAGUCAUCUAAUAAGUAUCUCUCCAAUAAUCAAGUUGGUUCGCUGCCUGUGCUUGUUUUCUGAUUGUACGGUAUUAAUGUACCAGAUUCAAAAGCAAACAUCUUCAAAUCUCGACGAAACAGAACAGUGGAAAUUGAUUGGUCAACAUAUCAACAAAAUACUACAAGCUGCUUGGUCUGCAGGUGCCAGAUUCUUUGAGAAAUCUUUGCUUGGAUUUCAAGGUGCCACUGUUAUCUGUUUGAAGUCUUGGAUAAAGCUUUAUUCCGCGCAAAUUAUUGAUACAUCAGUUAAUGUGGAAUAUUAUUUAGCCCCAACAGUGCAGGAUAUCACCCCGACCAGCGUCUUUCAACUAGCAAACUUUCUUCAAAGCUUGAUCACUAAAUCGUAUGAUAUGUACUGGUCUCAGACCAAUCAAUCUGCUGUGCUGCACGUCUGCCAAAGAUUAUUGAAAUCGCUUUCAUCUAAUGCCUUGAAGUUUAUAUCAUUGAAAGGGGAAACCGAUGCAUCACAUGUGAAUAAUAAUUUGAACUUCACUGUUUAUUUAUACUCUUUGAUUUUGAAACUUCUGACUGUUCUGUCUAGUAGUACUGUCAGUGAAGACGACAGGUCUUCAGCUUUAUCGUUAUCAGAUGAAAUUCAACCUGUGCUGCAUCCAAAUUUAGAAUGUUUGUCUACAUGUUGUGUUCAGAUGAGUAUAGUCUACAGUAAAGACGAUGAUGAGGGUUGUUGUCAGAUAUUUAAGCUGUUUACUGAAAUUUUGGCCGAAGAUAAAGAAGAUUAUUUCCGUGAACAUAUUCGGCCAGCUUUAUUACUACUAGUACUUGAACGCUGGUUGAAGAAUUUCAACUUAGAAGGGUUCGAACUGUUUGAACAUCUAGCCAUUUUUCCCUGGAAAUGCUGGGGGAUCUCGGAUUUUCAAAAUGCUCAAGAGGAAAUCGGCCCGGUUUUGGCAACAUUAACCAUCACCAAUUUCUAUAAGCCCACGGUCGGUUUACAGAAUUUAACCGCUAUUAUUCCACAUUUGAAAUCCCACACACCUGAAUUAGUGGGAGCUAUUCUAAUUCACUCUAUCACGCGUGAUAUGAAUGAAAACAACAAAUUUAUGCCUUACGGUAUAAUCUCUGAAUUGUUUCAUGAUCCUGAGCUGAGUCAUGCAACUUUGACGGAGACGAGAAAUUUGUGCAAAAUAAUUCAGUCUGUUCUUGAAUUCCUCAUACUUUAUGAUAUACCUGAUAAGAAUUAUGCUGAUAACUCUUCACAGUCUCCACCGUAUUAUCAAUAUGCAUGGUUUAUCCUUGUAAAAGCACUAAGCAAAUUGUAUACCAACUUGAAUUCUGAACAACUGGAUCCCUCGUUGGCUUCUCCCAGUCAAACUUCAAAUACAGGAGAAUAUCAUUUAAAAUAUGUCUAUAAUCUAUUGAGCGAAAAUCGAAUUGAUUCGGAUUUAGUCAAUCGUCUCUAUCAAGUUGGUGUACAGCUUCUUUGCUCGAAGUCUACAAGUGUUAAAUCUUACCAUUUAAAGCCUUAUCAUAAACGAUUAUCUUGCUGGUGUGCCAUCUCCAAACUUAUUAUAGAUUUAUUAUUCGAUGAGGCUUUGCCAAACAACCACCGAACACAACUAUCACAAACUCAACAAUUUGCUUUCUGGCUGCUUGUAACUGGACAUCUCAGUCUACUAAGUAGUGAGACAACUCGUGUGGAACAUUUUAGUGAACUUCUUGAUUCGCUCCACUAUGUCCUCGUCAAGAUUCGUCCAUUUCUCACUGACAAAUAUAAUCCGAAGCUGUUAACUGGUAUCCAUCAUUCAACUGUGUAUACAUUGAAUACUAUAGUCAAAUGCUUGUUGCAAAAAAAUGAAUCGUUUCUACCACUCCACCAAUCAACUUACAAUGAUGAACUGAUGAAAUUACUUAUGAACAAGAUUUCAACUAUAUUGAAAUUAAUUGUCAGUAAUGAUACACCAGUAUUCCUGAAUGCAAACUGUCAGUUGUUCCCAUUUCCUGAUCACUUCGUUUCCUCGGAAAUAUGUCCAAUCACAUUUUUCGCAGAAUAUCAAAACUAUAUUACUUCUGUAUCCCCUAGCGAUGAGAACAGUUUCCAUCAGAUUUUAAGGAUAACUUCGAAUGAUAUGAAGUUAUAUCGGAUUUGUCACUUCCCGCAACUGCUUUUAUAUCCAAUUGAGACGUUCAAAGAUAUAUCGAUAAAUACAUUGGAUAUACUAAGCUUUAAUAAACAUUAUAAAUCUACUGUCAAGUUGGAUUCACUAAUUGGAGAAAUAAAAUCUGUACUAAUGAAAAAAUCCACAGAAAGCGGAUACUCAUAUAUUGGUCUAACAAGUUUCGAUACACACCGAGCUGCUGAUAGUGGAUAUAUAGUUGGGACAGAUCUCUUAAACACUAAUGACCUAAUCGCUAAUUUAAAAGAACUUCUCAAUUCGUGUACUUGUGAAAUGUGUUUUGAAGAACACUUGUCGCUUUCGAAUUGUAAUGCCAGGAAGUCUGCUCUACACUGUUUCAAUUUUUUCAAUCAAGUCUCAAACUGUCAACACCAUUCAACUUUUAAUCUAUUAGACCCAGCGAGUAGGAGUCUGUAUUCUGAAAAUGCUCAGAAUGACGCCAACUUCGAUCCGAUGUUCUGUGUUAAACGUCAAAUUCUAUUAGCUAUUAUGCAAAAGGCUUAUACUCCGAAUUCAUUAUCCAGUUUAAGUGCAUCGGAUGUGCUGCAUAAUCUAUUCAGUCGCUGUUCUACCCUUAUAACAUCCCUACUGAAAAACUCCAAUGGAAAUGACUUGCCAGCAUAUUUUGCGACUAUUUUAGAUCCCUAUAUGAAAACCAAUGUUUCUGAUUGUGCAUCAGCUAGAAACCUAAAAGCAAAAGAGAAAAUUUUGGAGAAUCUUCCAAUGCUGAUGAGUAAACUUCGAGUAUACUUAGAGAAUAGUUUGACAAUUCGUGAAGAAACAACUUUUCAAUCAUGGUUAAAUAAAUUCGUUCUACUGUUUUUAGACUCAGGUUUAAUUCAAGAUGAAUUCAUUUUAUGCAUCAAAUCAUUUUUACCAUUCUCUGUCAGACUAACAGAAAAGCUUUGUCCAUGGCUGAUUGCAAACUAUCUUAUUGAAGUUGGAUCCAAUGAGAAAAUGGACACAACUUUGCAUCAAUUUAAUUCUAUUUUGUGUGAAGGCAUUUGGAAGUGUUUAUCACAAGAAAUUGGUGACUCCUAUUCUAAACUGCGCAAUUUUCAAAAUAUCUGGCUUGAAUGUCUACUGUCCUUGAACCAUUUCAUCCAAUGGAUCAGACGAUCAGGGAAAAAUGUAAUUUUAAGCCCUUCAAUAAAUAUCAACUGGUUAACUUGUGCGGAUCGAGCUACUACUCUGAAAAGACCAUAUGAAGCUCGCCUAUUUCUAGAACUGGCAUGGUUAUCGGACAACUCUCCUAAUGAUUGGAUCACAAAUAAUCAAUUUAAUCAUCGUGUUUGGGUUAACCUUUGUCGUCUUUCGGGUGAUUUAUCAGGCUUGAUGGCAUCUCAGACGACUUUUCUUACUGUAAACAAUCCAGAAAUAGUAAUAAACGAUAAGAUUUCGCAUUUUGACAUUCAUCCAAUUUUGGAAGAGACAAAGUUGGCUGUUCAUGAAUUACUCGGUGAUUGGACUUACUUACUCAGUUGUUACGAUAAACACGAUUUAAAUGGAGAGUUGACCUCUUCAUCGUCAAAUAUUCAUCCUAAAUUAGCUGUGUGCUUACAGCGUUUAGGCGCUAAUCGAUUGUUUGAAAAAUUCUGUCAUGAUGAAACAAUUAGCUUAUCAGGUGACAAACAGUCAUAUAUAGCACUGCAAGAACUCCGUUCAUCGGCCUUAUGGCGUUUAGGACGAUGGGAUACUGAAAUGAACAGUGUGAAUCAUUCUCACCGGAUUUGUCCACCUACAAAUUGGAAGGAUUGUGGCCUAGAAGCCACAUUUUAUUGGCUGUUAAAAGCUGCUUCACAAGCGGAUUGGAAUCGAAUAUCAGAAAUAGUUACCGCUCAAAGUGAUCUCCUUAUUGAAGAUUUGUAUUCUGACUCAAUACGAUUCUUAUCCUCGGAACAACUUAUGCUAUGUGGACAGAAGAUCAGUUUUCUAAAUACUAUAAACCAAAUAGGAUAUACUCUAGGACAUGCUAACAAUAAUGAUAAUGAUAAUCUUCAUAUAGCGUUGAUAUUGUCCUUACUGUGUCAAUCCCUCAAUUCUAUCAACUUCUCAUCAGCACACAAUUCCCAGCUUCAAGUUAACUCACAAACAAUGCUAGAUUCAAUGGAACCAUUUCUGACAUUAUCGACCGGCUUUAUCGGUGUACUAUUAUCAAAGAAUAUAAUUCCUGAUAACUUUAAAGCUGAGUUAAGUAAUUUACUGGUUCAUACUUACCUGCAUUAUGCUGAAAUUGCUUCAAGUAAUGCGUCUAGUUUACAUCUUGUAAAGAAUUGGCUAGAAGAUGCUGUUAAUUGUCAAAAAUUUGUACGAAAUAUAGACAACAAUACAAGUUACUCGAAACAGUUAUCUGGGAUGAAUUACACCUGGCAAAAUCUUAGAUGCAUAAAAUUGAAAUCAUAUUUAGAACGACAACAAGGCGAUUUUGAUUUAUCCGUAAACCGUUUACAAUCUGGUUUGCAAACAGUGAAGGAGAUUCUAGAAGAGACAGAUGAAUCAUCUGAAUUCUUAACCGGUGUCAUGAACUGUUAUAUUCAUGGCACAACUCUUUUAUGUGAUUGGCUGUAUGAUUCUCGAACUAGAAGUGCUGCAGAUCUUCUCACUAAUUAUAUCGAGCCUGCUAUGAAUUUGGCACAACGUCGAAACCUGAACCCGGAUGCUAAUGCUUAUAUGAAUUUGGCUAAAUUUUCUGAUGCUCAGUUUACUGCACUAGAUUCCUACCUAACUUCUCCUGAGUUUGCAACUCGAAAAAAAUUCCUUACACAAGCUGAAAAAGAUGUUGUUAUUUUAUCAGAUUUAGGUGAAAAAAGUCGAUUGUUACGAUUACUUCAACGUCAGUCAGCUCUGGAGGUUGAUGAAUUGAGUGCAUUAAAAGAAGAUGCAGAUCACUUUUUGGAAGCUGCAGUUAAUGCGUAUGCUCAAUGCUUAGCUUUAUCUGAUGAUCAUAAUUUGUUGAUUUUCCGCUUCGUAUCUCUGUGGCUUUCGUCAAACAGUUCAACUUAUAUGGACAGAAGUUUAAAAAUCAAUAAGAUUAUGUCAGAACGACUGUCUGCUAUAAGUGCAGAUAAAUUCCUUCCUCUUGUACCACAGUUAGCUGCUCGAUUAUCUACUAAUUGUGAAGGUGAAAUGGGAUUUCAAAAUAUCUUGAUGAAGCUAAUAGAAAGGAUCGUCAAUUGUCAUCCACAUCACUCAGCGUUUACCUUGCUAUUUCUUGUCAAUGCAAAAUUAGACGAUGCGCCUAAUGAGAUAAGUCAAACUUCUGGUCAACGAUGUAAAAACCGUUUAAAUUCAUCGAAAAUACCAAGUGAUGAUCUAGGAUCAUCUACUGAACUGACUUGUCGCAUACAAGCUGCUAAACAAUUAUAUCAACGGUUAUGCCUUGGUGAACACAGCACACUCUUAUCUCAGAUGCAGUAUUUAGCUGAAGCUUAUGUGGAGUUUGCGAACACAGAUGUCGAUAAACAUAAAACGAACUCAGGUGAUAUUCCACUUCCCAGUGAUUGCAAAUUGUAUCGGCUAAUAGCACCAGUUUGGCGGUCUUCUUCUCGUUAUAAUACAGAGUGUUCCGUAAUGCAUGUUGCCGUACCGACCUGCACUAUUCCUAUUGAUAGAUCAGGAAGUUAUCAACAUGCCCGUUUAAUUCGAGUAGAAGGCUUUUCUCCACAUUUUCGUCUUGUGGGUGGGAUUAACUUGCCGAAGGUGAUUAAUUGUUUAGGAACUGAUGGCAAAUUGUAUCGUCAACUGGUCAAAGGCAAAGACGAUCCAAGACAAGAUGCAGUUAUGCAACAGGUUUUCACAGCUGCUAACUGCCUUUUGACAAAAUAUGGAAAGUACAAUAGAACUAACAUUUUAAAGUAUUCAACUUCUCAAGUCAAUCAGUGUAAAUACCGUGCUAACUGGUCGGAUACUGAUAAUGGGCUACGUAUACGCACUUAUAAGGUUAUACCAAUGGCUCAGCGUAGUGGUGUCAUUGAAUGGUUAGAAGGUACUGUAACAUUGGGCGAUUGGUUGGCUAAUGAACGUUCUGGUGCUCAUCAGCGUUAUAGACCCCGUGAUAUGCCUCCAGUUGAGGCUAAACGACGUUUAGCAGCUGUUAAAGACAGUAUACCUAACCGUAAACUAAGGGAAUUUAAUCAAAUAUGUGAAAAAUUGAAGCCAGUACUUGCUUAUUUCUUUUUGGAACAAUUUCCUAGUCCACAAGACUGGUUUAAGUCUCGCAUGGCUUACAUCAGAUCCCUUGCUGUAACUAGCAUGGUUGGUUAUCUUGUUGGAUUAGGUGACAGACAUCCGCAUAAUCUGUUACUCCACAAGUCUUCUGGUGAACUUGUGCAUAUUGAUCUUGGUGUAGCCUUUGAUCAAGGCCGACUUCUACCAACUCCUGAAAUGGUUCCUUUCCGCCUCUCACGUGAUCUUGUCCAUGCCUUAGGUCCGUUAGGUUUACAAGCAGGAUUUAUCCCAGCUGCUGAAGCUGUACUAAGAGAACUCCGUGAAGGAUCCGAUGUUAUUCUGACUUUGUUACAGGUUCUUCUCUAUGAUCCCUUGUAUUCAUGGUCGUUAACGCCUGCUCAAAUAUACGCAAUAGAAAGCAAACGUGCUGCUGAAACCGAUCGUUCAUUGGACAAGUCAAAAUCGUUUUUGCUUUCAGAAGAACAAUGUACUAAUAAAACGAAAUCUAUAAAGAAAGUGAAUUCUAAAAUAAACACACGAUCAACUGAAAAUAAUUCCAUCUUCCCUAGUAAUCACUGUCAGGCGACCACUGAUGCGGUCACUAUAGGAGAACCAGUUAAUCAACUUGCUGAACGUGUUCUACUAGGAGUCAGAAGUAAACUUCAAGGCUUUGUCAAUGGAAAUUUAGUUACUAAUUCAAAUGAAACUUCAGUUCGCGCAGCUACAGAUCAUUCAAAUUUAUCACGAAUGUAUUUCGGUUGGCAAGCGUAUUUGUAA